AUGCCCAUCAGAGAAAACCUUUUGCAGAAAACGCCUUCCUUACACCUCUCCUCCACUGAUGCUUCUUCCUCAAGAAAGCUCCGUGAAACUCUUCUUCUUUCUUCAUCUGUUCAUCACCCUCAAGGUUCUUCUCCACCUCCCAAACCUCCCUUCAAGAGAAAAAUCAAAUGUAAAACUGUUCACAAGCCUUCCUCAAGGCUCAAGCUCUCUUCCUCCUCUCUAAAUUCUCAUGUUACUCUCACGACUUAUCGGAAUCAUCGCUCUGUAUUAACCUCUGCAAAUGCAAUCAUUCUGGACCCUCCCCUAAACUCUCAUGUUUCUCUCACUUCUUCCUGGAAUCACCGCUCUAAGUCCACCGUUGGAAGCUCGUCUAAGCCUGUGUCAUCAUCUCCUUCUGACCAAAACUAUGGCUUUUCCCGUGAACCUGAAUCAAAGUCAGUUGACAUCAAGGCUUUGAACCGUGUUGAUUCUGAAGAUCCUUCAAUCUCAGACAACUCGAGUCCUGUCUUGGUUGAGACUGUAAAUAAAAAAACAUGUGAUACGAGGACACAGCAGAAACUGAAGAAACCGAAAGCUGGUUCUUCAGGGAUAAGGAUUCGGGCGAAUUCACCAAAGAUAGCUAGAAGGAAGACAAAGGGAAGAACAUCCUACACAUCAAAGAGGAAGGGAAACUUGAGUUUCGCAAUAGUGUUGACUGCGGUGGAUCCAGAGAGAGAUUUCAGAGAAUCCAUGGCUGAGAUGAUUGUUGAGAACAAGAUGAAGGAACAGACAGACCUGGAGGAUCUUCUUGCGUGUUAUCUUUCGCUGAACUCGAGUGAGUAUCAUGACAUUAUCAUCAAGGCUUUCGAGAAGACAUGGUUUCAUUUGUCUCACCUCACCUGAGAACUCCCUCUCUCCGAAGCCAUGCGCAUGCAACUUUAUCAAACACACGUGUAACCU